CGUGUCCUUAAUUCCAUGGCGGAGUCGCACAAGAGGAUGCGAACAAGCCCUGGCAACGGCAACGCCAUGGUGGUGGUGAAGAAAGAACCGGCCCAAAGUCCCGACGCAGGCCAAGCAUCAAGCAGCAGCGCGCAAGGAUCGGACGGCCGCGACGACACCAGCGCAACAAGCAUCGCCGCGGUCAAGGAUGCGAACAAGCUCGACUGCUCCGAGUGCGCCGCCCCCCUCAAAACCCCCAUCUACAAGUGCGAGGCUGCCGGGCACAAGGUGUGCUCCGCCUGCCGCGGCAGCGGCAACCCAUGCCGGGCGUGCGGCAGCAACAAUGGCGCCGCCGCGUCGUCGUACACGCGCUGCGGCGACGACCUGGACGGGCUGGCGCGCGCCCUGAAAGUCGCCUGCCCUCACAAGCCCUACGUCUGCAAGAAACGGGUCCCCUGCCUCGACGUCGACGACCACCGCCUCUGCUGCCCCGACGCGCCCUGCUCCUGCUCCAUCCCCCCCUGCUCCGGCGGCUUCCUGGGCUCGCCAAUGGCGGUCCACGACCACCUAACCGGGCCGGCCCACUCCUGGCCCAGGACCGUCAUCGACACCGACUACCGCGGCAAGGCCCUGCAGCUCGGCCUGACGUUGAGCGGCCCAGAGAGCCGCCAGCUGCUGGUCUCCAAGGAAGACGACUCCGUCUUCGUUCUUCUCGCCGCCGCCGCCGCCGCCAGGGUGUCGCUGACGUGCCUGAGGGCGUCGGCGGCGGCGGCGGCGGGCCCGCAUUACUGGGCCGUGCUCUGGGCCCACGCGACCAAGGACCCGGUCACCGGCAAGGUGGACCGGCAGCAGGAUGAAUUCACGGUCCAGAGCCGCCGCUCGCCGCGCGAGAUCGGCGCCGGGGAAGACGACGGGACGCUCGUGUCGCUCAAGCGCAAGUACCUGCACGGGUGCGGCGAGGAAGAGAGGAAGAUCCUGCUCUACGUCCGCAUUUUUAAGCUCAAAUCCCCUUCUGCAUCGAGCUCGGCCAGGUAAAGUAAGCGAAAAUUCACAAUGUUGGUCCCUUGCUGACCUUUCUUGGUUCCAACAAAUGAACUGGUUCACCUCUGGACAGAAGGAUGUUGCUAGUAGGGUGAGCAGUCAAAGACUCGAAACUGCAUUUGGUUAAUUAGGAGGACGCAUGGUUAUGCUUUGGUUAAGUUGUUAAAUGGUUAUCUAGCUAUCUCUAUCCGCUAGUUUGAUUCCAUGCUUCUUUUUACUGCCUUUUGUUGUAUGCAUGUACUACUCUUGCGCUGCAUUUCCUAAUCAAGCUUAUAAGUAAGUGCCAAGGCACAGCUGCAUUAUGAUAUAUGCCAUGAGUUCCUGACUAUAUAUAAACUGAAAUUUAAUUUCCAUUCUCAA